AUGAGCAGCCUGGCAGAGUCCCUGCGCUCGCACGCCUGCUCGUCGAUCUUGGAGCGGACCCUGGAGCCAGACAGUUCGGAUGAGGAGCCCCCUCCCGUCUACUCCCCUCCCGCGUACGAGAGCCAGACGUUCGGCAGCCGCUACCCCCGCCCGCUGGUGGAUCUGGGCAUGGGGGCUGCCGUGCUGCGGCAGACGACGGACGUGCCGGGGCCCGGCAGCACCCCGGCACCCGGGCGCUACAGGAACUGCCCCCCGCCGCUCCUGGGGAACCUCCCCGAGGACUUCCUCCGCAUCCUGCCCCAGCAGACCCCCAGCGCACAGAUCGCGCUCUUCCUGCAGAACGAAGAGUUCCUGAAGGAGCUCCAGAGGAACCGGGAUUUCCUCCUCGCCCUGGAGAGAGAUCGAUUGAAAUAUGAGUCAAAAAAAUCCAAGUCGACCAGUGUUGCUGUCAGCAACGACUUUGGUUUCUCCUCCGUAAUAUCAGGUGACGUAGCCCCCUCUGUAACCAGCGAGGCCGGCGGUGCCGUGUCUGACGAUGCCUUAUUCAGAGACAAACUGAAACACAUGGGAAAAUCCACUCGCAAGAAGCUGUUUGAACUCGCCAGAGCCUUCUCUGAGAAGACAAAGAUGAGGAAAUCGAAAAGAAAACACUUGUUGAAGCACCAGGUGAUGGGGACGGCAGCUUCCACGGCAAAUCUUCUCGACGAUGUCGAAGGACAUUCGUGCGAUGAAGACUUCCAAGCGCGGAGGCAGCAGCUUCGGGAGGAGGAGGAGACGCCGAAGGAAGGGCAGUAA